AUGAUAUGGAAGUUUACGAAGACGACUUCUUCGUCCGAAAUUAUCGACUCACUUAAAGAACUGAAAGAGAGGCUUGAUAAGGCAAGCACUAACUUCAAAAUGAUAAUAGUGGAUGACUGUUGCCACGUGAUGCACCUAUAUGGACAAAUAUUCCCGGGGAUAAAGGUUCGGCUAGACUUAUUUCACGCGUGUAUGAGAGUUGUACAAACGGUACCCAAAAGCGAAGAUUACAGUAAACAAUUUGCUAAUGAAUUUUCUUUAAUUUUCCGUCAAAAUGGAGACCUUGGUAACGAGAGAACAAUGAGCACACCUUGUCCUGAUGAAAUAGAAUCAAAUCUUGAACGUCUUCUAUUUGUUUGGAGAGAAAAGCUGAAAACGGAAACCCUUCUUCAAAUUGAAAAUUUGCGCAAGCAUAUAAAAAAAGGAUGUCUCUCGGAAAUACCUGUUGGAUGUGGGACUGAAAUAAAUGAGCGACUUCACAGACAUCUUAACCGAUCAUUACUGUGCGGAGUAUCCAAAAUUGGAACAGAGUUGGCGGUAGCGGUAAUGGCGUGUGCUUUGUAUGCAUGGAAUUGCAAACGAAGAUUAAAAACAACCCUCAAUAAGAGAACAAUUCCGAUCACGCCAAUUGAAUUAGAGCCUUUAGAGUCUUUAAACGAAGCGACCCCUUAUCUUCAGUCUCACAUGACGGCUGUGGAUUCUACGUCAACGUCAUUACCGGGUUCAAUAUCUGGAACUGUCUCUGAAAAUAGCAGUAAGGCUAGUAGAAUGCCAGGGACAUCAUCCGUUUUCGUCACAGUUAAUACUGUGGAAGAACUGGAAAACGAUUCCGUCUUGAACUACAUUUUGGAACGAGCGCUGCACAUACAAGAAUUUAUCACCAGUUGGACAACAAAAUGUAACAACAAAACAAUAGAUUUGAUUGGUCUUCUCUGGAAGAUAAACUUACCGGCAGCUAACCUUUAUGAACAGGAGUCAAAGUUAAACGUUAUGGAAUUAAAUUUGACCCCACAGCACAAAGAUAACCUGUUAAGAAAUCUC